AUGUCAUGUAUGAAUGCGAUUGCCAUCUAUGACUACACAGCAACGCAGCAUGAAGAAUUAUCAAUUAGGAAGGAUGAGAAACUAACUAUAAUUGAUGACAGCAAAACUUGGUGGCAAGUAGAAAAUUCAAGACAUGAAAAAGGUUUUGUGCCCUCCAACUAUGUGAAAAGAGCUAACAAAGGAUUUUUAGGAAAGUUAAAGCGACCAAAAGAAAAGGAUAGUCCUGAGAACGGAACUCUCAAUCAACCAGGAGAAUAUUUUGUACCUCAGGACGUUCUUGCCGGGAUUGAAACUGUGGUUGCAAAAUUUAGUUUCCGGCCGCAACACGAUGAUGAACUUGCAUUGAUCAAAGGAGACAAGAUAAAAGUUCUUGAGAAGCAGGAGGAUGGAUGGUGGAAAGGAUGCAUUGGAAGCAGAAACGGGUGGUUUCCGUCAAAUUAUGUACAGUCAGAGGAAGAGAACUCAAAAUCCACUAAACCCAAAAAGCCGGUCAUUCAUAAGGUAAAGACUUUGUACAAUUUUGACCCAGAAAAUCCAGAGGAGCUCAAGUUUAAAAAGGAUGAAAUUCUGGAAGUUAUCGACAAACCUGAAGAUGAUCCAGAUUGGUGGAAGGCCCGUAAAAAGGAUGGCUCCACAGGUCUGGUUCCUCGUAAUUAUAUUGUUAUUGUGGAUAAUGACAGCGAAAUUCCAGCAACAAGUUCUGGUAGUGUUGGUGCGGUUGCUAACCAGCUGUUAAAGAGAGUUAUUUUGCCAGAACAUCAAAGACUGCCAUUUUGCGAAGAAAAGUGGUUCUGGGGUAAAAUUACAAGAGGACACGCCGAGAAGUUAUUGAACAAAACUGCUGUGGAUGGUGAUUUUUUAGUACGAGUCAGUGAAACUCAGGUAAGAUUCUCUCGAUGAUCGAUGAUUGCAUAGCAAAAUGAGGUCAUAGGCAUUGUCUUCUUCAUCUUUGUUGUGGUCAAAUUUAAAGGGGACAGGAUCCAUGGUCCUUAGCUAUAGCUUUGUGUCAGUCUUAUGUAAGGUGGGUUGGGAGGGUGUGCCGAACGAAAGGGCUGUCCUACAUAACCCUUAGCUAGUGGAGUGACUUGUAGGACUAGCACGUUGUAUUUAUUAUUACGAGUUGUUGCAUAUGCGAGCAACAUUUGCUCAGCUAAAGUACAGUAAAAUGUAAGUGAGAGGGGGAAUUGGUACAUAAUUGUGUACUGUAGGUCUGUAUGACUGUUCCAUUACUAGCACCUAAUAGUUCAUGGGCUUUUCUUUUCUUUUUGCUCUUUUAGGAGGGUGGCUACUCUGUGUCCAUGAAAGCUCCUGACAAAAUUAAGCAUUUUAGAGUGGCGUUUGCUGAUGGAGAAUUUAGCAUUGGACCACGGCGAUUUAAGUCAUUCCACGAGCUAAUAGAACAUUACAAAAGAGCUCCUAUAUUUACAGAUAAAGAAGGUAGCAAGUUUUAUCUCAUCAAACCAUUUGAUGAUAGCUCCUAG